CUGUGAUUGCAGUCACUUCUACUUGCCACACCCUGCAGUACAACAUCUAUAUAAGAACAGUAGCUAUAUUAUAGCAUACAUUAUCUCAGAAAGUCACGGAUUACUGGAGGAAGCUCAGAGCCAUCAAGGGAUUUGUGAAGGAGGUCAGGAGAACAUGAGUUCAUCGGUGUGCGUUUUUGCCGUGGUGGUUCUGGUUCUGCCUGCAGUGCAGGCAUUUGUGCCAGUAGGCAGUGGCAACACACAUGUGACCAUCACCGGCAAUGCUAUAAUGAAAAAGAUCUAUGAAGUAUGUGACGCAGUGGCUAUGUCAGAAGGAAGACCAUUUAAACCAACAGGUUCUUCUGCAGAGGAACUGCUUCGUGCAUGUUUGGGCACAAACACUGCUCAGGUGUCAGGUGCCAAGUUCCAUGAAGCUUUGAAUCAGAUUUACAUGCAGAACGGACUUGUGGAUCGUGACUAUGCAUCCAGUAAUCCACAUCAUUUCAACAGCGAGGCUUUUAAGGAGGGACACUCUUUGAUCAGCCAGGGUGUCGCCUCAGUCAAAGCCAACAUUCGUAAAGAUAACUUACAGGCUGCUCGGGAAACACUAGGAAGAGUCUUACACACACUGCAGGAUUUUUACAGCCACAGUAACUGGGUGGAGCUGGGCUACAAGAACACAUACAUCAACCUCAUUAAACCAGAUCUCGCCAUCGACAAUGUUGCAGAUGUGGACACCCCAACCUGCAGCGACUGUGCCAAUGGUGCUUGUUCAAACCCCCUGCUGCCCUUCAUUUUAAAAGAGAAGAAACUCACAUCAGGAUACUUGGGCUUGAUUUCUCCCAACAAACCUAAUGGUAAAUGCAGUCAUGGUGGAGAUGGCGAUCUUAGCAGUAGCCAAGUUCCUCGUGGUGGGAUCAGCAAAGAUGAGCGCCUUAGCCAUAACGCAGGUUUACACGACACCGCAGUCACGCUGGCAAUAGACGCUACUCUUGAGCUCCUGGAGGAUGUUCGUGGAGCCGUGGGCAAUAAAGAGUAUCUUCGGAUGAUGGGAAUCGCUCGUACUGCUGUCUUAUGCUUUGUAAUUGAUACAACAGGCAGCAUGUCUGAUGACAUCGCUGAAGCUAAGAGAGUUGCACACAAUAUCAUUGAUAGUAAGAAAGGGACGCAGGAUGAACCUUCAGAAUACAUAUUGGUACCAUUUAAUGAUCCGAGCUUUGGACCACUUAUAAGGACAACAAGCCCAGACAUAAUGAAGAGUGAGAUUUCAAAACUCGGUGCGAAUGGUGGUGGCGAUGAACCAGAAAUGUGUUUGUCAGGAUUGCAGCUGGCUCUGACUGGAGCUCCUGCCUCUUCUCACAUUUAUGUUUUUACUGACGCCAGCGCAAAAGACAUGCACUUAGAAAGAACCAUUAUCGCCCUCAUCCGCAGCACCAAGUCUACGGUCUCUGUCUUCAUGACUAAGAAGAAAAGAUCAGCAAGAUCUUUGAACAUACUGAGACUCCCAGGUUUCCAGGUGUAUUAUAAUUUGGCUUUGGCCUCCGGAGGUCAAGCAAUAGAGGUCACUAAAGCCAACCUGCCCAGUGCUACUGGCAUCAUCUUAGACACCUCCACAUCUGCUUUGGUAACUGUCCUGCAGCGAGCCAGGAACCCGGGUCGUGUGGAGAAUUUCCCCUUCCUAUUAGAUGCAUCGUUGUCUAAUGUUACUGUAUAUAUAACAGGAAGUAGCAUCAGUUUCACUCUGUAUAAUCCAUCAGGUGUGUCUCAGUCUCACACUGAAAGUAACGGGACUCUCGCUACGAUUCAGACUGUGGGGAACCUGCAGCGGCUUCACUUUAACAAUUUAAACGAAACAGGGCUGUGGCGCAUCAGCAUGAACUCCACAGAAGCCUACACUAUCAAAGUGACAGGUCAAAGCGCAACAACUUUUAUUUAUGACUUUGUGGAGGAAUUCGGUGGACCCCACGCAGGAUUUGCUGUUAUUGAUGGUCAGCCCCAGAAAGGCUUACCUACUAAGCUAUUACUGACGAUAACUGGGCAGAAGGGUGCUGAGGCUUUAAAGCUACAAAAAGUUGCUCUAGUGGAGGUUUCUGAUGACAAUAUGGUGAAUGGAACCAUAGAAGAAAUGGGUGGUGGAAACUUUCUGGUUACCAUGAAUCAAGUUCCAGCAGGAGAGUUUGUAGUUAUGGUGAAAGGAGAAGAUACGACCACCUUAAGCUACUUCCAAAGGCAAACCACAACACAGAUGUCUCAGUCUAAAGUCGUUAUCAAGGCUGUAGUAGACAGUGCAAUGGUGCCAGGAAAAGACUUUAAAGUGCCUUUUACUGUGUCUACUAAUGGAACCGGUGGAGUCUUCACAAUCAGUGCUAAGAAUGACAAAGAUUUUGAUCUGACAUAUGAUACCAAACUUAACAUAAACACCGGAGGAAGUGCUUCAAGCACAGUGACGGUCAAACCUCCUGCAAGCACCUCCUCAGGAACUGAUGUCACGCUGACCAUUCUGGCCGAAGGGUCCAGAGCUGAUGAUUCUAACUACGUCGUGCUCCGCCUUUCUGUCCUCGCUGAGGUGACUGACUUUUCUCCUCCAAAGUGUGAGAUUGUUGGUGUUAGUCCUAUCUGUCCAUCUGACUGCUUGCAGUCAAACUGGGACCUGUCUAUCAACAUCACCGAUGGCAAUGGGACUGGUAUUGAAAAUAUCUACAUCCAGAAAGGCAGUGGCAAGUUCUCUUAUCAGGAUGUGGAGGAUGGGGGUAUAACCGUAGUGAUGGGUUACUACAAUGCCUCAUGCUGCUCACCUGAUGUAAUUGUUGCUGCUGUUGAUAAGGACGGAAAUGUAGGGAAAUGUGCCUAUUCUGUCCAGAGGAGUGGAGGGGUUUCUCUCAGUCUGUCUCUGUCACUAUGGGCCUGUCUGCUAGUUUCAGCCCUAAGUAUUAUGCACGAUGUGCUUCCAUUGUAACGAAAAAUAAAUUAUGUGAGUGAGAUGCUA